UUUUUCUUGCUGUUGCUGCUUUGCUGCUUACCAUUUUAUAGGUCUCUGUUAUAGGUGAGUUAAUGAAGUUGCUGCGUGCUCCUUUUCUUUCUCUGCCUUAGCAGCAGCCAACUUUGAAAACUCAAUAUAGUCCUUCGUGUGAGAAACUUUCAAAUGUCUUAUCAGCUUUGUUGUGUUGAAAUUCUUUUAUAACAUUCCUCAUCGGUGUAUUUCCUUUGUACACACUUUGCAAACUGCAAAUUUGUUGUCCGAUUCGGACAUUGUAAAGCUUCCGUACCGGCGACGCCAUUUUCAGUGUUGAUGCUCUGUAGAAACUGCCAUGCUUUUGUGUUUGGUUUUCAAUAUUUAAUGAGAUUUAUACACAAUAUAAGAAACCUUGUCUCUGAAAACACAGCUGCAUGUGGACCGGCGCCGUGUCCAGGUGAACCCUGACUUUCACCUGGAUAGAGCUGGAACCGACUCCAGCGGGUCCCUGAGACCCUGAACAGGAAGAAGCAGGUGUAGAUGAUGGACAGAUGGAUGUUUACACAGAAACAAUGUUCAUAAAUGAUUGUUGUUUGGCAAACUACAAUUGUUCCUUUUUCACAACUGUUGUAUGCAUUGUUUUCUCAAAGAAGAUGAGUUGAAGAUUGUGAUGAUGAUGUACAGGGAAUGAAAAAAGCUCUUAAAGGGAACUAGUUUAAUCGAGAGAAUUACUAUCUUUUUCUUUUUUUUCUAAUGGUUGGUCUUCUGAUCCACACUUCAUUUCGAUAGGUGGCAGUCAUCUCCUUAUAUUCUGGUUUCCCAACCGUAAUUCAACACGGAAGAAGAAGAAGAAAGUCCCUGGUGACGGUGGACGCUCAGUGGUGCCAUGAAGAUAAGUGAAGUUGGCUGAGUUGCUGAAACACACAGAAGUCUGGGACAUGGCUUGUACAUCGCUGUCUGCUGUAGAAUAUGUAAAAAAGGCCAGAGUCCUGCUUGUGGGAGGAUUAAGGAGUCUCUCUGUGAUUGUGGAGAACUUGUAUCAACUAAGAGUGUUGAGUGAUGAAGAAGUCAGCAAGAUAAACGCAGAAAAAGAUAACUAUGACAAAACCAGAAAAAUACUGGACUUGGUCACAAGUAAAGGGGAAGCUGCCACCUACGAGUUUAUCAAGAUUAUUGACAUCACCAGGAAGAGGACUUUACCACCUCUUCUUUCCAAGAACAAACCUGAUUCUUCCAGUGAGACAGAGAAGUCUGUCCUUCACCAGUGGAUCAGCUCCUUUCCUUUCAAGGCUGACAGGCUAGCAGAUGAAAAGUAUUUCAAAGGAGCAAAGCCGUGCCACAAAUAUCAAGGAAAACUCAAAGAGAAAGCACAAAAAACGUCAAAUAGGUUUUGGAGUGGAAAUAAAGAUGUGUUUGGAGGAAACAAUAAACCUGACUUGUCAUACAUGUCACUUGUAUUAGAUAAAGAAGAGUGUGAGGAACCAUCGAAAAUAAAGAGAUUUAAGAGCAAGAAAAGCAAGAUGUGUCGUCCUAAGAAGCUAAAGACGUACAUCCCUGAGAACAAAGGAGAAAUGUCCCCCGGUGUCCUGCUGAAAACACAUAAAAACGUCCUUUUGGUUGGGAAGCCUGGAAUUGGAAAGACGGCAUUGAUUUGUGAAAUGUUGAGACUCUGGGCUGAAAGUGAAAACGAGGAGCUGGAUUACAUGUUUUACUUUGACAUGAGGGAGGUGACUCAGAUGAAGAUCAUGACCUUGGAGGAUCUUCUUUUCAAUGCGUACAUUAAACCUGACGAAGGCAAAGAUGAGGUGUUACAGGACAUAGAGAGGAUCUCUGAUAACGUUACAGUUAUGUUGGAUGGAGUCACAGAUCUGUCUUCACCGGUGCUGAAGAAGCUUUUGGAGGGAGACCUACUACCUGGUGCAAAGAUCAUCAUAGCAUGCAGACCAGACGAUGAGGAAGACACGUGUCUUGAUGAUCCUCUCCGAGUGGAAGUGAAAGGUUUUAGUGAGCAGGCCAUAAAAGCAUACCUAUCUGCAACACUGGCAGAUGAACACAAGACAGUUCUGAGCAAUGUGGAGUUGUUAACUCUUUGUCACGUUCCCAUGUACGCUCUGAUGGUGGCUGCCUCCUUCUCAUCAGGAGUCUCUCCACAGCCAAGGACCGUUACUGAAGUAUACAUUAAUAUUGUCCGUUUUUGUCUUCAGAGGAACAGCAACAAACCAAGCAGUAAGCAUCUGAACAACUUCAUCCAAACUAAGAGUGAGGGAAUUCUCUCUUUAGCUAAGGUUGCUUUUCUUGCAACUCGGAGAAAGACUGUGAACCUAGAAGAAGUUUCCUCCGGAGACAGCUGUGUCCUCUCCUUCCUAAAACCUCUCAUUGUGAGAGUGAGUCCUACUAAAACACUUGUUAAAUAUGCUUUCCUUCAUUACACAGUGCAGGAGUUUUUUGCAGCACUUUGGCUCUUGAAGAAUCCUGAUCAAAUCAAGAACAUUUUUCAGCAGAGACCCAUUGAUGAGAUGAAACACAUGACACAUCUGAUUCCUUUCAUGUGCCAGUUGUUGAACGAGGAGAACCCUAGUUUGAUAAGCUGUCUGAUUCCAGCUCAGGAGCUCCAGAACACACGCACGUGGUUUUUCAAGGAGAUUAUUGCUUCAUUUUUCUCUGAUGACAUCUUGUUCCUGUGUCAGUGCUUGUAUGAGUCCCAGCUUCCUGAAGCAUGCAUCGACCUCCUGGACAAACUGGACUACUGUCUUGACCUGAGUGAUCAGAAUCUGGAUCCUUAUCAUUGCUGUGCCGUGGCCUAUGUGAUCAGUCAGUCAAAGGAAAAGAAAAUACAGCUGCAACUUGAGGAUGUGAUUGUAUCAGAACAAGGAAUGGAGCAACUCCUGAGAUGUCAUGAAAAUGUCCACUGGUGUGAACCACUGUCACAGCAGCUGUGGAAGAUUUUCCUCCAAAGCGACUGGCAGAUGGACCCCGCCCGCUUACUGAGCCUCGACGGAAACCAGCUGCACCUUCCAGUCCCCGCUGAAAGAAGGCUGUUUGGAAGAGCUGUGGAAGUCAUAAAUAAGAUGUCUGCAAAGGUGAAAGUCUGCCUUUACCAGGACGAGACAGCUGCAGUCUGCCAGAGUCUCUGGGAGUCUCUCUUUCAGGCUCUGCCAAACAUCAGCUCACUCAGUUUUGAUCGUCAGAGGUCAGAUCAUCAUGAAGGAAUCAGGUUUUUGGGGAAUCUGUUCUGUGCAGCAGCAGAGAGAGAACAGCAGACAGGAGAGAAGAUACUGCAGCAGUUAUCAUCAGUGUGCAGACAUGAAACAUUCCCUUUUAAUAAAAUAUAUGUGGAUGAGAAACAUCAGUGUGAUAUCCUGCUGGAUCUGUACACCCACAUGAAGGACUAUGAAACUCAAACAGGAUUCAGAGUUCUUCCAUCAUUACGGUCAGUUUUCCAGUCAGCUCCUGCAGUCUGGAUCAUAAACCUCUCAGACAGAAAGACCUCCAUCCUCCUGGAAGUGUUGAAACUCCAAUCAGAGAAGAAACCAGUGGAGCUGACAGGCUGCUCACAUGAAGACGGUGAAGUGAGGAGUUUUCUACAGUCUCUGCCGUAUAUCUCACAGCUCAGACGCUGGGAUCGAAAACAGCUAUGCAACAUUGAGCAAACGCAGCAAAGUGAAAGUAAUAAGAGGAAGAGACAGAAGACGUGGAAGGUUUUGGAUCCUGAUGGGUCAGAUCUUCGUGGAGGAAUCAGGUUUUUGGGGAAUCUGUUCUGUGCAGCAGCAGAGAGAGAACAGCAGACAGGAGAGAAGAUCCUGCAGCAGUUAUCAUCAGUGUGCAGACAUAAAUCAUUCCCUUUUAAUGAAAGAUACAUGGCUGAGGAAUAUCAGUGUGAUGUCCUGCUGGAUCUGUACACCCACAUGAAGGACUGUGAAACUCAAACAGGAUUCAGAGUUCUUCCAUCAUUCCAGUCAGUUUUCCAGUCAGCUCCUGCAGUCUGGAUCAUAAACCUCUCAGAGAGAAAGACCUCCAUCCUCCUGGAAGUGUUGAAACUCCAAUCAGAGAAGAAACCAGUGGAGCUGACAGGCUGGACAGAUGAAGACGGUGAAGUGAGGAGUUUUCUACAGUGUCUGCCGUAUAUCUCACAGCUCAGUUUGGAUGUUGACGAGUCAGAUCAUCGUGGAGUAAUCAGGAUUUUGGGGAUUCUGUUCUGUGCAGCAGCAGAGAGAGAACAGCAGACAGGAGAGGAGAUCCUGCAGCAGUUAUCAUCAGUGUGCAGAUAUAAAUCAUUCCCUUUUAAUGAAGGAGACAUGUAUGAUAAAGAUCAGUGUGAUGUCCUGCUGGAUCUGUACACCCACAUGAAGAACUGUGAAACUCAAACAGGAUUCAGAGUUCUUCCAUCAUUACGGUCAGUUUUCCAGUCAGUUCCUGCAGUCUGGAUCAUAAACCUCUCAGAGAGAAAGACCUCCAUCCUCCUGGAAGUGUUGAAACUCCAAUCAGAGAAGAAACCAGUGAAGCUGACAGGCUGCUCACAUGAAGACGGUGAAGUGAGGAGUUUUCUACAGUCUCUGCCGUAUAUCUCACAGCUCAGUUUGGAUCGUUGGAGGUCAGAUCUUCUUGAAGGAAUCAGGAUUUUGGGGAAUCUGUUCUGUGCAGCAGCAGAGAGAGAACAGCAGACAGGAGAGAAGAUCCUGCAGCAGUUAUCAUCAGUGUGCACACAUAAAUCAUUCCCUUUUAAUGAAGGAUACAAGGAUCAGUGUGAUGUCCUGCUGGAUCUGUACACCCACAUGAAGGACUGUGAAACUCAAACAGGAUUCAGAGUUCUUCCAUCAUUACGGUCAGUUUUCCAGUCAGCUCCUGCAGUCUGGAUCAUAAACCUCUCAGAGAGAAAGACCUCCAUCCUCCUGGAAGUGUUGAAACUCCAAUCAGAGAAGAAACCAGUGGAGCUGACAGUCUGCUCACAUGAAGACGGUGAAGUUAGGAGUUUUCUACAGUGUCUGCCGUAUAUCUCACAACUCAAUUUGGAUCCUCUGUGGUCAGAUCAUCAUGAAGGAAUCAGGUUUUUGGGGAAUCUGUUCUGUGCAGCAGCAGAGAGAGAACAGCAGACAGGAGAGAAGAUCCUGCAGCAGUUAUCAUCAGUGUGCAGACAUAAAUCAUUCCCUCUUAAUGAAGGAUACAAGGAUCAGUGUGAUGUCCUGCUGGAUCUGUACACCCACAUGAAGGACUAUGAAACUAAAACAGGAUUCAGAGUUCUUCCAUCAUUACGGUCAGUUUUCCAGUCAGUUCCUGCAGUCUGGAUCAUAAACCUCUCAGAGAGAAAGACCUCCAUCCUCCUGGAAGUGUUGAAACUCCAAUCAGAGAAGAAACCAGUGGAGCUGACAGGCUGGACACAUGAAGACGGUGAAGUGAGGAGUUUUCUACAGUGUCUGCCGUAUAUCUCACGGCUCAGUUUGGAUCCUGAUGAGUCAGAUCAUUAUGGAAUAAUCAGGAUUUUGGGGAAUCUGUUCUGUGCAGCAGCAGCGAGAGAACAGCAGACAGGAGAGAAGAUCAUGCAGCAGUUAUCAUCAGUGUGCAGAUAUAAAACAUUCCCUUUUAAUGAAAGUGUGGAUGAUUAUGAUUAUGAGGAUGAUUACAUGUAUCAGUGUGAUUUCCUGCUGGAUCUUUGCACCCACAUGAAGGACUGUGAAACUCAAACAGGAUUCAGAGUUCUUCCAUCAUUACGGUCAGUUUUCCAGUCAGUUCCUGCAGUCUGGAUCAUAAACCUCUCAGAGAGAAAGUCCUCCAUCCUCCUGGAAGUGUUGAAACUCCAAUCAGAGAAGAAACCAGUGAAGCUGACAGGCUGCUCACAUGAAGACGGUGAAGUGAGGAGUUUUCUACAGUGUCUGCCGUAUAUCUCACAGCUCAGAUUGGAUCCUCCGUGGUCAGAUCUUCAUGAAGGAAUCAGGUUUUUGGGGAAUCUGUUCUGUGCAGCAGCAGAGAGAGAACAGCAGACAGGAGAGAAGAUCCUGCAGCAGUUAUCAUCAGUGUGCAGAUAUGAAACAUUCCCUUUUAGUGAAGAAUACAUGGAUGAGAAAGAUCAGUGUGAUGUCCUGCUGGAUCUGUACACCCACAUGAAGGACUGUGAAACUCAAACAGGAUUCAGAGUUCUUCCAUCAUUACGGUCAGUUUUCCAGUCAGUUCCUGCAGUCUGGAUCAUAAACCUCUCAGAGAGAAAGACCUCCAUCCUCCUGGAAGUGUUGAAACUCCAAUCAGAGAAGAAACCAGUGAAGCUGACAGGCUGCUCACAUGAAGACGGUGAAGUGAGGAGUUUUCUACAGUGUCUGCCAUAUAUCUCACAGCUCAGUUUGGAUCUUAAGAGGUCAGAUCUUCAUGAAGGAAUCAGGUUUUUGGGGAAUCUGUUCUGUGCAGCAGCAGAGAGAGAACAGCAGACAGGAGAGAAGAUCCUGCAGCAGUUAUCAUCAGUGUGCAGACAUGAAACAUUCCCUUUUAAUGAAGGAUACAAGGAUGAGAAACAUCAGUGUGAUGUCCUGCUGGAUCUGUACACCCACAUGAAGGACUGUGAAACUCAAACAGGAUUCAGAGUUCUUCCAUCAUUACAGUCAGUUUUCCAGUCAGUUCCUGCAGUCUGGAUCAUAAACCUCUCAGAGAGAAAGAUCUCCAUCCUCCUGGAAGUGUUGAAACUCCAAUCAGAGAAGAAACCAGUGAAGCUGACAGGCUGCUCACAUGAAGAAGGUGAAGUGAGGAGUUUUCUACAGUGUCUGCCGUAUAUCUCACAGCUCAGUUUGGAUCCUGAUGAGUCAGAUCUUCAUGAAGGAAUCAGGUUUUUGGGGAAUCUGUUCUGUGCAGCAGCAGAGAGAGAACAGCAGACAGGAGAGAAGAUCCUGCAGCAGUUAUCAUCAGUGUGCAGACAUGAAACAUUCCCUUUUAAUGAAGGAGACAUGGAUCAGUGUGAUGUCCUGCUGGAUCUGUACACCCACAUGAAGGACAGUGAAGCUCAAACAGGAUUCAGAGUUCUUCCAUCAUUACGUUUGGAUCUUAAGAAGUCAGAUUUUCCUGAAGGAAUCAGGUUUUUGGGGAAUCUGUUCUGUGCAGCAGCAGAGAGAGAACAGCAGACAGGAGAGAAGAUCCUGCAGCAGUUAUCAUCAGUGUGCAGAUAUGAAACAUUCCCUUUUAAUGAAGGAUACAUGGAUCAGUGUGAUGUCCUGCUGGAUCUGUACACCCACAUGAAGGACUGUGAAACUCAAACAGGAUUCAGAGUUCUUCCAUCAUUCCAGUCAGUUUUCCAGUCAGCUCCUGCAGUCUGGAUCAUAAACCUCUCAGAGAGAAAGACCUCCAUCCUCCUGGAAGUGUUGAAACUCCAAUCAGAGAAGAAACCAGUGGAGCUGGCAGGCUGCUCACAUGAAGACGGAUACAAGGAUGAGAAACAUCAGUGUGAUGUCCUGCUGGAUCUGUACACCCACAUUAAGGACUAUGAAACUCAAACAGGAUUCAGAGUUCUUCCAUCAUUCCAGUCAGUUUUCCAGUCAGUUCCUGCAGUCUGGAUCAUAAACCUCUCAGAGAGAAAGACCUCCAUCCUCCUGGAAGUGUUGAAACUCCAAUCAGAGAAGAAACCAGUGGAGCUGACAGGCUGCUCACAUGAAGACGCAGCAGAGAGAGAACAGCAGACAGGAGAGAAGAUCCUGCAGCAGUUAUCAUCAGUGUGCAGACAUGAAACAUUCCUUUUUAAUGAAGGAUACAAGGAUGAUAAACAUCAGUGUGAUUUCCUGCUGGAUCUGUACACCCACAUGAAGAACUGUGAAACUCAAACAGGAUUCAGAGUUCUUCCAUCAUUCCAGUCAGUUUUCCAGUCAGUUCCUGAGGUCUGGAUCAUAAACCUCUCAAAGAGAAAGACCUCCAUCCUCCUGGAAGUGUUGAAACUCCAAUCAGAGAAGAAACCAGUGAAGCUGAAAGGCUGCUCACAUGAAGACGGUGAAGUGAGGAGUUUUCUACAGUGUCUGCCGUAUAUCUCACAGCUCAGGUAA